AUGCAGUCUGAGGAGGUCCAGUUCGUUCAUUUCAACGAUGUUGUGAGUUUUGAGCAAUAUCCCAGUCUAGGAACGCUCCAGUCUUACCAUCAUCAGUAUCACAUUCCCCCGGCUAGUUUGCUUGCAGGGUUUUUGCAACUGCAACGCAACUUCGCAGUGUCCAACCCAAGAGCGCAAACUCUGACUCUCUUCAGCGGGGACGCCUUCUCGCCGUCCCUCGAGGCAAGUGUCUUGAAAGGCGAGCAGAUUUGUCCGGUUCUGGAUCUUGUAGGCGUUGAUAUCGGGUGUUAUGGAAACCAUGGUACGAGCCGUGAACCUCGAGUCUCGACACCCGCUGCUCUGCUCUUGCUGAUGGGAGUGCCAGACUUUGACUUCGGCGAUGCGCGAUUGAUCGACCUUUCCAGCAGGUUGAAGUUCCCCUGGUUGCUUUCUAACGUGUUUCGUCGCCCACUCAGUGAGACGAAGAGACUUCUUGGGUCUGCGCAGGAAUACAUCGUGCGACAGCUGGAGAAUGGACUCAGAGUGGGGUUUAUAGGACUUGCUGGCACGGACUGGCCCUCGAACUGUGAAGAUCUCCCACCCUGCGAAAUCGAGUCGCCGGUGGAGGUUGCUCGUCGUCUGGCUCGUUAUCUCCGACUGAGCGAGAAAUGUGACCUGGUUAUUGCGCUGACGCACAUGCGCGUUCCGGAGGAUAUGCUAGUCGCUAAUGCAACCGCCAGUGAGUAUAGCAGGGUUGACUUGCUGCUUGGCGGUCAUGAUCAUGAAGUGAUUCGACGGUUUGCCGGCGAUACCGACGUCAAAGCGGAGAACGUUGAACAAGGACGCAAAGUCUCCGACAUAGAAGUGAACGGGAUGGUCCCUGAUGCUGAGGGCAAUAUUAGAUUGGUGAAAAGCGGGACUGACUGGAGAGGGUUGUCCCUGAUACGGCUUAUUGUCCAGCGAGAUGAUAACGGUGCUGUGAUAGGAUCUACAGUGAAAUUACGGCAAUACACCGAUAUCCAAGCUGCGAUAGCAGUGCCACAGCCCCCGUUGAAAAUCACCAAAACGCUGGACACCAUCCAUGAACGAGUGGGUACACUGGUCCAAAAGCCACUACUGCAUUCGGCUGUUCCCAUCGACGGGCGCAACUUUACGAUUCGGAGGGAGGAGACAAGUUUGGGCAACAUGCUGGCAGACGCGGUCCGAGCUUUGUACGGGACCGACGUGGGCUUCUUCAACAGCGGCGCGAUCCGAUCUGACAAGAUCUUAAAAGCCACCGUCCCAGACUGCGAGCCCUUACGAGUUAGAGAUGUAAUCAAUAUCUGUCCAUUUGGGAAUGCCCUCCUUGUGAAGAAGCUCCCCGGCGAGAUUAUCCGCCAGUCGCUAGAGAAUUCUGUAUCUGAUAAGCACACGGAUGGGCGAUUCCUUCAGAUCUCCGGGCUAAGGAUCGUAGCGAGCUGGCACCGGCCUGAGGGAUCCCGUAUCAUUGACGUCCAACUGGAAAGAUCAGACGGUCAUCUUGAACCGCUUGAUCCGCGACGUAUGUAUACAGUCGCGAUGCCCUCCUUUAUCGCGCAGGGCCACGACGGCUUCACGUGGUUUCCUCAGCUGGAGACCAUUGUCAACGAGGAAGCGGGGAUGACAGAUACAGCUUUGCUCCUCAAUAUAUUCGGACACAGCGAAGAACCGUACCGGGGCGAUUCACAGAGUAGUUCGCAUGCCUUGGGCAUUGAGCGAGCCCGGAAUCUGACUAUCGUAGGACGCAGCUUGUCAGACUCACUGCCUGUUGUGAAACCAGCUGUAGAAGGCAGAAUUAGAUUUGUCGAUGCAUAG